UAUGCGGUGAAUGCUUGACCUGUCAUCCUCGAAGCUUCGAAAGGAUUAUAUAAGUGUCGAUCACAACAAACAUCCAUAUGGUACUCGUCCAUGCUCUAGUGGCAGUGCCAAGAUGUUGUUCGCUUAGUCUAUUGCAGUAACUCCUACGGCGCACCUCCGUGCCGAUAGAAAGGGGAGUGAGUGCGGAGAGAGUGAGAGCUUAAAGCGUGUGUCCCAGUACCGGAACAAAAGAAAGGAUUGGCAUGCAUUCACUUAGGCUGUGCAGCAUUUUAGCGCGUGUAUUCAACAACUACUACAUUCAGUUCAAAUCUCCUGAAUCAUUCCUUCCAUCAUCAUCAUCAUUUACCGGGAAUUACUCGUCAAAGUGAUAACCACCACUAAAGGCCAUCACGUUAAGCCACUGAUGGUCUAACCUACACCUUACACACACAAUGAGAUCAGCAACUCCGGCAACUAUUUUGGUUUUGGCAGCGUGUAUUCUACUUGUUCUGGUAACAUGUUCUACCCCUGUCAUUAAAUCUUUGUCUUUCUUAGAGGCAACGAUUGGUGGAAACGGUACCGAAUCAGGUCAAAAGGCUACGCUAGGAUGUCUCGGCUAUUGCAUUCAAGGAACAUGCAAAGGUCCUACUAUCGGAUACUCAUUUAAUCCUACACAACUUCUUGGAAUCGCAACAAAUGUAGAUGGGUACCAGGUCGAUUCGAGUAAAUAUUCUACAGCCGUCAUCAAAGGUUUGACAUACUGUCUCGUCUUGAACCCGAUCGCAUUGGCAGCAUGCGUUAUCACACUCUUGACCGGCUUAUUAGCUCAUUGCGGUGAUAUGUCUUUGGUCUGCAUUAAUGGAUUAUUUUCUGGUCUGGCGUCGACAUUAACACUAGUCGCUGUUGCACUUAAUUUCGCUCUUUUUGUCUUGGCAAAGAAGCGGAUCGACUCAAUCAAUGGAGCCAGUGCUUCAUAUGGUGUAGCUCUCUGGUUAGCAUUGGCAGCAUGGAUUUUAAUCGUUUUGAGCUCAUGCGCUUUCUGUUGUAGUUGCGGCGGACGUGGAGGAGGAGGAGGCGGACGGAACAAAAGAAACAAGAUGCAAGAUGAAGAUACUUGGAGAGCACCUCAAAAUACCGGCGGUGGUGGUUAUGGUGCCAAUAACGGAUACGCAGAUCAGAUGAGAAUGGAUGCUAUUCAAGCGGAAUCGGAUCGAAAGCGAAGACAAAAGGAUUUACCCAAAUUUGCAACAUACGAGACUGAACAUGUAGAAGAAUUACCAUUAAAACAAGAUUAUGAAGAUUACACACCACAUGGUCAAGGUAGACAUGGAGGACUUCCACCUGGCGCUGGAUACCAUGGAGCUGGACAAUAUCAGCAGGAUUACGGUUAUGCGUACGGCGAUGACGGCUCGUAUGCCAUGCACAAUGCAGCGGGUACGGGUGCUGGCAGUAAUGCAUACAUUGCUGGCGUAGGUACAGGAGCUUUACGUGGAUCUCAACCACAAACUGCUGCAAGUAGAUAUUACGAUUCUUCGGUCCCAAACAGCUCCAACAAUCUUGCUGGAUAUGGCGCUCAUGAUCUUUCAUCACCUGCUACUACCGUUCCACCUCACGUUAACGGGUAUGGAAGUGCUGCAGGAACGCCAAUGGGAAUGCCUGAACCUGUUCAUGCGAAUUCUGCUCGCGGUGAUGGUAAUAUGGAUUAUUUCUACAACGCAAAUCCAGCCGCAAAUCAUCCUACUAAUGAAUCCGAAGGGCUACAAUCGCAUGAUGUGUAUGGUGGAUACACGAACGAUGCACGAUCACAACAGAAUCAUCAGUAUGAGCAAUCUGGCACAUAUAUGAACGAUGCACGAUCUCCGCAGAGUCAUCAGUACGAGCAAUCUGGCGCAUAUCCUUAUGAACCUUCAUAUCAAAGUCAUCAAGACAUGGCACCUGCUUCAGGACAUGGAACAGAUGUCGAAGGCGGAACGUUUGGACCCCAGAGCCGAUCGACCAAGCACAGUCAAUAUGCACAUUCUCAGCAUGAUCAGUCUUAUGGUGCAGGUGCUAAUGGAACACGAUCGAGAACACAAUCGCAAUCUCGACAAAACGCACCAGCAGAAUCUUCUCAGUCUCCCUAUGAUGCUGUUCAACAGGCAACAGCUGCAGGAAGAUCAAGAAGAUUACCGGCCAUUCCAACAGGCGCUGCAAUCAACUCUAAUCCUCAACAAUCAGCAGGAGAGAUACCCUAUUCGCCUACUUCGCCCUCACAGCAACAGCCAAUGCAAAUGAAUGAAGGAUUUGGAGUGAGUUCUGUUCCAUCGCCCAGACAGACGACGGGUGAUGAUGGAUUCGGAUUGGCUGUUUUGAAAGCUGGAGCGGCAGCUGCUGCAUCAAGUUCUCACCAUCAUUCUGAUCUACCGCCACCCGGAUACAGCGAAGAACAGCCAUCAUCAACCUAUCAUAAUCCUUAUGCUUAUCCAUCCGAGAAACGGUGAGAAAGGGGACUAUUUUGUAUAUAAUUGGCUCUUUUCUUUUAUUUUAAUGGACAUUGAUUUCUGAAAAUAAAGAUGCCGAAACAAAAAAAGCUUCUUUUGAU